UGGGCAGAGCACAGUCAGAGCAGGAAGGAACGGAAAGACUCCGGAGCAGAUAGAUAGUUAGCAUGUGUAAAAAUCAGAAAGCUUGUGCGUUUGUCUGCGCUUUAGAUCAUGCGUGACCCUUGCCGAGUAUGUGGCGUGUGUGUGCAGGGCGGUCAGUGCCGCUGGUUGUUCAGCGCAUGCGGCCGUCUGAGGUUGGCUGUCGUCCUCUCUCAUGUGUUGGGAUUGGAGUUGCAGCGGGACGGCCGCAGCGAGUUCCUCUGUGGGAAAUGCGUUUUUUUACUUGAGCGUAUCGUGCAGUGUGAUGUCACCAUCGGACAGCUGCAGGAAACACAUGCUGCUCAGCUCCAGCAGCUGGAGAAGGAGAGAGACGGACUGAAAACGCAAAUCACAAACAAAUACAGACAGCACAACCCAACGGGAAGCAAACUUCUGAAAUGGGACGUCCAGCCUGGAGCUUGUUUAUAUACUCCAAAGCAGCUGCAGAGCAUGCAGUGUCCUCAACCAAAGCAAUCACAAAUUUCAGACAUCCAGGAAACCACACGAAGAAACCGAAAGGUCGUUUCUGCAAAUUUAGGCUGUGAAAAGAAGUUUGCAGGCAGCUUGAGGAGAUGUGUGAGUCUUGAGCCGCUUUGUAAAGUAGGAACAGAUCGUUCGCAUCGUUCAAAAUUGAAUUCACGCUUAAAAGCCGCUGAUGUUCCAGCACCGCGACCUCGUUCUCUCAGCCGAGACUACUUGGAUGUUGUGAAUAAGAAGAGUUCGUUAUCACGUUCGAUUUCUCUCCAAUCAGUGGCCUUGGAAAACACUGACCACGCCCUCAUCAGGCAGACACGCCCAUUCAGAGGCUCCACCCCUGCAGCUGUUGAAAAAACCUCGCUGGUGUUUGACAUCCUGCAGCUCUUAAAGAUCGUACAAGGAGUGCGGUUCGUCCCACGAUGUGGAGGUAGUAGGAUUCCAGUGCUGAAACAUCCACUGCAUUCGCAUGCAAACACCCACAAGGGAGGUGUGUCUUGGAAAUCGAGGGUGGAGAGAAAUUUGAGAGAGAUGGAAGAUGAAUUUAAUGAUGAUUACAGACCACUAAAACGGGAGAUAAUCGUUGAUCGGCAGAAUGAACUCAGCAGAUUGGAGCAGAAAACCAGACAGCUUACUGAAGAACUGAACAAAGCAAAGAACAAUGGUCAGACGCUCAAAGAUGCGCUAGAUGAAAUGGAGAAGGAGAAGAAGGCUCUUUCUGAUGAGCUCCAGAAGCGAGAGAUCGAGCUCUCUACAGAGAAGAAGAACUCUCUGAAACGAGACAAAGCCAUCCAGGGUCUCACUCUGUUUCUGAAAGAGAAAGAGAAGGAGAUUGAGGAUUUAUCUGGAGAUCUCGAGGAGAAGGAUCAGGCUCUGGCCAAGGCUCGAGAGGCCCUUCAUAAAGCCAAACUACAGAAAUAUCAUGGAGCUGAAGACCAGCAGUCUCUACUCCUGGAGCAGCAGGCUGAGUUAUCACGGCUCCAGGCGGAGGCUCACUCCUCUCUGCUAGAAGCCCAGAGACUGCAGCGUGUGCUCGGCAGCAGAGAUUCAGAGCUUUCCCUCCUUCAGCAGGCCAAACUGCAGCUGGAACAAGAGCUGGAGCAACUGCAGCAACAGAAGAAGAAGGGGGACAAGACUAUUAAUGAUCUUCAGAACCAGUUAAAGAAGCUCAAUGGUACUCUGGCUGACCGAGAGAACGCUCUAGAUCAACAGCGUCUAGAGCAGCAGGAACAGAUCCGAGCAUCAGAACAGAAGAUGCAGAACGCCAUGGAGAGACUCACAGCCAGCCUGAAUCAUAAAGACCAGCAGCUUCAGGACUAUAUGAACAUGGUGAGAGAUUUGGAGAAGAACAGAAGCCAGGAGGAAGGGGAUCCCAUGUUGGCUAAGCUGAGAGCACGACUGAAGGAGAAGGAAAAAGCACUUGAGAAAGCCUUGGAUGAGAAGUUUGCAGCUGUGGAGGAAAAAGAAAAUGAGAUCCAUUUGCUGCAGCUGAGUUUGAGAGAGAAGGAAAGAGAUGUGGAGCGUCUCAACAACCUGCUCUCCCACAACGAGGAGACCAUUAAUAGUUUUGAUGCUGUCAUAAAGGAGAGAGAUCUGGAGCUGCAGCAGCUGUUGAACUCUCUGAAGAAUCUGCAGAGGAGUAAAGACGAGACUGAAGAAAACCUCCACAGAGCUCUGAGAGAGAAAGAUGCCAUUAUACAACACUUACAGCAAGCGCUGGACAACAAAACCAAAGAUAUGGAGGAAAUGGCCAAUAGGGUUCUGAACCAGUCAGAGUCCCAGGGACGUGACCUCGCAGAGCAGAUGAGUCAGAGGUUAAAGGUCACGGAGGCAAUGCUUUCAGAGGCGGUGAAGGACCGAGAGAGGCUAGUGACUGAAAACCAGACCGCUGUAGAAAACCUGCUGGCCACCAUCAGCAGCAAAGAUCAGCUAUUAAAGGAAAGUAUGGAGCGCCACACACACACUCUUAGUGACCGUUCAGCUGAAAUGCUGGAUCUUCGUAAGCAAUUAUCAGACACGCAGCAGCAGCUCAGAAACGCACAGAGACUGAAUGCAGCAGCCACGCAGGACGGUCAUCUAGAGAUCGCGGAACUCCGUGCAAUGCUGUCAGAGAAAGACGCCCUCAUCAAUAAGCUGCUAGAACGUGGACAGGAGAAAGAUCGUAGUAUCCUGUUUGAAAUGAAGAGCGGUGAAGCUCCGCCCCCUCAGGUGCUAGAGCUCAGGCAGACCAUCGAGCUCCUUCAGGAGAAACUCGAGGAGAGAGAAGCUGAGCUGAGCAGGCGAAACAGUGAGGAAAUGCUGGAUGUGGAUGCAGUCACUAAGAAAUCAGCAGUGCUUUUGAAGAGAGAGCUCUUACAGAAAACCGAUGCUCUGAACGCAGCACUGAAGAGAGAAAACCAGCUUAAGAUUUCUCUUGCAGAGCUUCAGUCAUCGCUUUCAGAACUGGAGGCACGUUUAGAAGGACAAACAGCAAAUAUUGAGUCUCUAACAUCAACGCUCAAUACUAAAGAAGAAAUCAUUACUGAACUUCACCACCGUUUGUCUCAAAGAGGCGACAGUCGAGUUCCUCUAACCCGCGAUCAAGCCUCACAGCUCGGAGAGAGUGAAUACAGCCCCUCCUCUCUACCUCAGAGAGAAACAACCAUCAUCGGAGGAGAUCGCCAGCAACUGGAUGUAGCAUCUCUAUCUGAUCUGCGGAGUGAGCAGGCGGAGUUAAACCGAGCCCUGAGGGCUGAGCAACAUCUAUACUCCGACCUUAUCAGAGCUGUGAAAGAGCGCGACAGCGUGGAGAGGCUGCAGGUGCUGCAGUUAGAGCUCACAGCCGUGGCUCUCCUCAGACAGCAGCUAGAGAGCGGCGUCCAGAUGAACUCCGAGCUCAGAGAUCAGCUGCAGACAGAGAUCCACAGAACCAAACAGAGAGAAGGUUCAAACCCUUCAGAGUUACAGACCCUGCGUGAUGCACUGGAGGAGGCUCAGCGCUGGAACGUCUCUCUGCAAGCCCGACUGGGACAAAUCCAGAAUCGGGGAGGUGGUGUUGGACAGGCCAAUGAUUCUGUGGACACACUGAGCAUGAUUGGCGAUCAGACAUCCUAUAUGAGUAUCUGUGUAGGGGAGGGGCCAGAGGAGGAGCUUCUGCACAUGACUGUAGAUCAGCUCAGGUUAAAGGUUUUAGAGCUUGAGGCAGUAAAUGCUGAAUUACAGAAGAAGCUGGUUCUGUUGGAGAAAGACACUGUGGGAAAUGCUCCAAUAGGCUCUCACUCUCAGAAAGAACCAGAUCUUAUCGACCUCUCAACUCCUACCAAGCAGCCACAGAGACAGCAGAAACCUACUUCUGAAGAAGGCGCGUCGCUACUGGCUUCAAACGUAAAGGAGAGAUGUGAGGAUGGAGAUCGUUCUUCAAAGGAUAGGGUUAAAAUGAAUCAGCCAUCACAGAUGCAGAAACAGCUAAGUGCAGUACAGCCCACAUCCAAAUUCCCAGGUGAUGAAUCUGAAAAGGCAGAACUCAAAUCCCUGCUCUCAGAUUGUGGGGCGGAAUCAGUCUCUCAACUCAGAGAACAAGUGGCCAAACUGCGCUCAGAAGCGUCUGAACUCCGUGGACUUCUGAAGGAGGAAAACGCCACAGAGUCUAAAGAAAGUGCAGAAAGUUCUGGAGAAAGCGAUAGCCAUGGAGACUUGCACCACACAGUGAAGGUGCUUCGCUCUGAAGCCAGAAGUCACCGGAAGAUUAUACGAUUCCUAAAAGAGCAGCUGGAACGUAACUCAGAUGGCGUAACUCAACUUGACACCAAGGUAAUGGUCAGCAUGGCCGGCAACGUGGAACAACUGCAGACACAACAUGAAGAAUCACAGAGACAUGCCAGUACCCUAGAGAAAAAACAAAGGGAAGGGACAGAGAUGGAGGAUAAGGAUGAGAGAAGAAGACAUGUUCGAAGUACCAAACCCAGCAAGAGUCAGAAGCAGAACAUGGCCAGACACGCUGCAUAUGUGAAAUCUCGGCUACCAGUACCUGUGAGGUCCAGUAGGAGUACCGGACAGAGUUCUGAAGAUCUGAGUGAAGUAAAUUCAGACCACAUUCAACCCAAGAGAAAAGACCACCAGACUGGGGCAGAAGAGUCUGAUUAUAGCACUGACAGUAAGAUGUCCUCAAGAUCAUCUCAGAAGGGACACCUCGAAUUAGACCAGGUUAAAGAUGCUCGGCUUAGUCCAACCAGUGGAACAAAACAAGACAAUUACACGGAUGAUUAUCUUGAAUCCGAGCUCAUGGCACAGUUAGAGUUGUUGAAUCAAGAAUGCCAAGAGAAGGAGGAGCUAAUCUCUCACCUGAAGCAACAAGUUCAGGAAUUGGAUGAACUGCAGGUAGAACUACAGAAGAAGGACAAGCUCAACCGAGAGUACCUGGAAGCCCUGCAAGCAGCAGAAUCCACUAUUGCAUACCUUACCGCUUGUAGCUUGGACUCAGAGUGUGGAAUUGGUCAAACAGGAGAUGUAACAUUGCAACAACGCUGUGCAGAACUGCAAAAGGCCAUCGAGGAGAAAGACAGAGUCAAUACUCAGCUCUUGGAGUGCUUAAACACCGCAGAGUCUGCCAUUGCAUCACUCCAAAAUGUGGACACAACAACCAGACAAAUGGACCAAGGGCAGGCAGAUCCAAAGGUACUCUGUGAGAGGCUUGAGGGCUUGAUUAUACAGGUCAAAACUUCCCAGCAGAAUAUAGAUGGGACAAAAGACCUUCAAAGACUAGACAUUGAGACAAAGCUUGGUUUGAAUUCUGACCUGCGGCAACAAGUGGACGCACUACAGGAGUCAGUGUUGCAGCAGUGCAAGCUGAACUCAGAACUACAGGAGAAACUCUGGAUUUCAGAAGCAGCCUUUAAAAAGUUGAGUUCAACUAAAAACGGUGCACCCACAGAUCUGGAAGGGAACUUGACUCCAGGACCGCAGGAAGGAAAGGUCCAGUCAAGGCAACAGUUAACUGACUGCCUGUCUAAGUGCAUUACAGCUGCUGAAGGUGCAGUACAGUCCCUUGCAGAUGUUUGCUCAAAAUCAAACCAGUCUCAUAUGGAGAACUUGUCCAGUACAGAGUUGCAGCAGUGGCUAGAGAUGCUGCGGUGUGCCUUGUUGGACAGAGAGAUGUUGGAGGAUCCAGAUUGCAUCGAGAAACACCACCACAAGACAAGCACACCAAUUCAAAACUCGGAGAGCUCUAAAUCACAGCAGCAAAGUAACAUUCUGGACUCUAACACGCACCAGAAUCUUCAUAAGAACCUCUUGAUGCUUCUUCAGAUUCAUACUGAGCAUGCUCAAAAAAUGGCCAAACUUGAGAAAGAUCUUAGCAGGUGUGGUCAAAAUGCAGGUGGUGGAGAUGCACCUGGAACUGAAAAUCUGGAGAGAAACGCCCAGAUUGAAAGUUUGCAGAAAGCCCUGAAGGAGAGGCAGAGAGCCUGUCAGAAAUUAGAGGAGAAACUGGCGCUCGCACAGUCGGUCAUUGCUGUGCACAAUGCCUCAAACAAGGAUAAACACUCUGAUCAGAACAAAGCGCCCCCUGGUGAACGGGAUGAUAAAGGGGUGCAGGUGGAGGCGCAGGACCUCGGGUACGAAACGAGUGGAAGGAGUGAGACGGAGGUGGAGGGCAGUAGCACAGAUGUGGACGGUGUUUUGCGGUUGGUUCCUGCUCUCUCUCCAGUCCUCUCAGGCCCUCAGGACAGGUUUUCUCCAGAUAUGAGCACCACCUCCAGCCCCUCGUACCCCUCGUCUCCUGGCCUAAGCUCUCCUCGGCCCUCUGAACCACACGCUGACUCCAACAUGCACAUUCAGCAGCUCCGGUCGCAGAUCGAAGGACAGCACAGAGUCAUCCAGCACCUGCAGAGACAGCUGAGGAAGAAGUCUUUAUCAUCUGAGCUGCUGAGUGUGACUUCUGACCUUACAGCAGGCGAAGAAGAGGAAACCAAGAUGAUGAAGGCUCAGAUCGCCCAGCUGAACACUGAGCUGGAGAGAGAAAGAAGCCUGAACAGAAGCAGCCAACCAGGCUCUCCUUCCAGAAUUGAGUCUCUGGUGCAGUCUCAGGCGCGUGAGCUGUGUGAGCUUCGGGAGCAGAUCCGCGUAUCUCGUGGUUUGGGUCUGGAACAGCGGAAACAGUUGCUGGAGCUCAGAGGGGCUCUGGAGGACUUACUUCAGCCCACUGACAUGCACUCUGAUCAAGGAGCUCAGCUCAGAGAGCAGUUGGACCGCAGUCUGAGUCUGCUGGAGAGACUAGAGCAGGUUUCUACAGGUGGUGUGGCUGUGGAGAACGAGGAGGGGGCGGAGUCAGAAAUGAUGCUCAGUGAUUGUGAUUGGGUGUUUGAGGAGCUGCAGUGCCUGCGCUCUCAGAUAGAGGGCGACAGAGAUCAGCAGCAGCUCCAGAUGGUUUAUUUGUGCAGACAAAACCAGAAUCUCGCCAUUAGCACACAGCAUUACGUUGAUCUACUCUCUGCAGAACUCCAGGAGAAAGACAAGCUCAUUCAAGCUCUGCAACACCAACUGCAAAUCCAGGCUCCCAGAAUGCACCUGCACUCAGACUCUGAGAUGAGUGACAGACUGUCUAAUGAUGGCACGUCUUCAUGUCAGGACAGCCCUCCUUCUCUUUGCAGACACACUCCCGGCAGGCCUCACACAGGGCCGAAGGCGACCAAUGGGGAUGCAUUUACAGACACAGGGCUGGUGUCUGGAGGCAGAGCUUCAGAAGGGGGCGUGGCUGAUGGAGCAGAGCCACGUGUCCGGAUCCUCCAGCGGGAGAACUGCCGUCUACAAGAGCAGCUGAGGAGCAGUGAGGAGCUCAACACUACACUCAGAAGUGAACUAGACCUCACACGAUCCAUUAUAAAACACAGUCCACAGACCCAAGACAAACAACCUGAGAAGCAGAACACGUACACUAGCAAGACCAUCAACUCAGAUCUGUUAGCAGAACACCUGCAGGAGAUCCGAGCAUUGCGUCAGCGUCUUGAAGAGACGAUCAGAACCAAUGAAAGACUCCGAGAACAGCUAGAAAAAAAGUUACUGGAAGCUGAGAAAGACCCAGCAGCCACCAACAUCUUCAUCGCUGGAUCUGAGGAUCAGAGUCACAUCAGCAGUGAACUUCACUUCCUUCUGGCUCAAAACCACAGUCUCAAAGAGCAGCUCAACCAGGGAGCCCGAGAUAAACAAAAGGAGAACGACCGGUUGAGGGAGACUUUAGCCAGACGAACCGCUAAACUGGAGAUGAGCAGAAAUGAAUGUGAAACACUGAAACAAGAGCGAUUGCAACUACAGGACAACCUGUACAGGUUGCAGUGUGAGAACAGUCAUCAGAGGCAGCAGUUGAGUGACACUCAGCAGCUCCUGCAGUCUGUGCGUGUGGAGCUGCAAGUACACGAGCACAUGAAGAGCACACACACUCAGUCAGGUGAGGGCCGCAGCUCCAGCUCUGCAGGCGGUUCAGCAGUGGAUAUGAGUGAGCUGUUGGCUGAGAUCAGACAGCUGCGGGUUCAGCUGGAGAGAAGCAUCCAGAUCAACAGCACACUCAGACAGAGACUCGAACAGCAGCUGCUGAGCCGCCGCACAGACCCCAAAUCAACCAUCAACAUCAACUACCUGCUCAGCAAGACAGAUGAAGCAGUUAAAUCAGAUGUUCUCCACUUACAGACAGAUGUGUCCAGUGCUGAACGUGACGGUGGCAGUUCAGCAGACUCUGGGUCCAACGCUCCCUCUCGGCUGGUUCCGGGUCACCGGCUGUGGGCAGACAGACGUGGACGACAUGUUCUGGGGCUGAUAGAGGACUAUAACGCCCUGCGCAAACAGAUCACUGAAGCCAAGAGACUUACUGCAGACCUGGAGACACAGAUCCAUGACUGCGGCAGGAGUGUGGAUCAGCUAAAAAGUGUUUCUGGAGGUGUGAACACCAUGCAGCAGGUUCUGGAAGAGGCCGCACGACUCCUCAAACUGCUCUGGAGAGUCUCUGUGCCUUCAGGAGACACACACUCACAGCAGGACGAUAUGUUGCAGAGUGAGAUCAGUCGUCUGAAGAGUCGUCUGUCUCAGCAGGAGCGCAUGUUAAGCGGAGCCGUCAAACGCCUGAGAUCUACCAAUCAGCUUAAAGAGGGCAUGGAGAGAGUCAUCAUUGACCAACUGUCUCUGACCCAUGGCGUGCUGAAGAGAGCCAGAGGAAACCUGGAGUCUAACUAUCUGAAUGUUUUUGGGCUGAAGGGUCUGCAGGUGGAAGGACGUCCCACUGAAUGUCCAGUAACCAAUCAGAAGUUGAAGGUUGUGGCCAGUACCGGCAGAAGUUCCGCCUGCAGUGAAAACUCCUCCCACUGCAGCUGUUAAGUGGUUAUGAAUAUUCAUGAGAUAAUCAUAAUGAUGACCUCGCCUUUUAAUGAUCAUUUUUAAUUUAUUCAGUGUUUGAGGUACGCUGAUGUCCUUCAGAGGUAUUUGCACAUUUACAGUAAUCAUUGAGCCGCUGUCAAAGGGAAAGCUUCUGUUUUUAUGCUGUAAAUAGUUUGAGUUUUUACUGUUUUCUCUCAGUGGUUUUGGACAGGUACUCUUUGUUAUCCUGAUGUAAAUUAUUGCUUUGUGUACAUUACUGAUGUAAAAGAUGCUGUUUUGAGUAAACUAAACCCUCGUGAGA